UCUCACGGAUCUGGAAAUGACGAAGUUACAAGCUGAUAAAAAGCGACGCGAGGUGCAUUUUCAGGUUGGAGAAUGGGUAUAUGUGAAGCUGAAAUCAUACCGGCAAGUAUCGGUGGCGAAUAAGAUUUCUCAUAAACUAGUUGCUCGUUUUUUUGGUCCAUUUAAGGUUGUGGAAAGAGUAGGCCCAGUCAAGUAUAAACUACAGUUACCGAUCACGUCUAAGGUACAUUCGAUCUUCUUUCAUGCUUCAUUACUCAAGAAGGCUGUCACACCUGGUGCUGAGAAACAAGUUUUGCAAUCGGAACUGGACUUAGAGAUGGCUGACCAGUUGGUUCCAGAAGCAGUCAAGGCUGUGCGAACGAUUGAUAGCGGUGGUGGGUCGGUUACCCAGUGGUUGGUUCAAUGGAAGGGUCAAACAAUUGAGGAGGCGACAUGGGAGGAUGCUGAAUUGAUUCAGAGCCAAUUUCCCAUUGUAUGUCUUAAGGACAAGACAUUUAUUGAAGAGGACGGUAAUGAUACGAAACAGGCCAGAAGUAAUCCCGUAUUGGCUAGUGUUGUCCCUAUGCCCAGAAUUUGGAAGGUUUAUUCUAGAAGGAAAAAGGGGGUAGAAUAGAGAAAAUACCCUGAGUUAUGUGCGUCGGACCUUAUAAGGAAGGGGGUACGUAUGUGUGAGGUGUCUUGAAGAAUAAUCUAUUUGUUGGCUCUAGUUUCAUUCUAGAGAGAGGGGGAGUCCCUGGACUAUUUUCUUUUCAUCUUGCAGUAUUUUGAUUUUGCCUAGUUGUUAACAAUCUGCAAUCUUCUUGCAUAUUGAAUAAAAUUUCAAUCGAGUCUUAUCAUUGGUCCAUAAACACAUGUGAAAUCACUUUGACCACUAGAAAAGGACAUACGGAGAAUUGUUAAAAUUGAAAAGUAAAACCAGCAACAUCUACAAUUCUUCAACCAACUCAUUUAACUUGACACCCAGUAAAUGUGAAUUGGAGAUUCAGGUCGUUUUCUUGCUUUAUUUGCAUUCCACUUCAAUUUGUUUAUUUAAUUACUAUAAUUACAUUGCAACUUCUUUGAACACAGCCAAACUUAUUAUAGAAGAAGAGAAGGUGGACGAUGUUAUCAAAAUGUUCUAGGAAUUUGUGAUUUCUAUAUGAUAUUCACAUUUGUUUGGGCUGGUUAGGAAUGCAUAGCUCAUGAUUCUAGAGUACUAUACGAAGUUUCAUUUAAACCAAAUUUAUAUGUCCACUGGAAGGUAUGCAUCAUUCUUAACUAUUAUUAAUCUUGUUUGAUUUGCUAUGUCGUUAUAAUGGUGCUAUAUCAAUAUUCAUGGUCAUGGGACAAAUCGCGGCGGUCAAAUAGUGGUCCCACAAUUGACCACUAAAUGACCGCAUUUUGAAAGCAAAAAGUUGCAGCAUAGCCACUAUUCUUGGAUGGGCUUUUUUGGUGUUAAAAGAGUAAUUUUGUGGGCUUUUAUUCAGGAUCUGGACUGGGUUGUAUUUUACUCCAACAAUAUUAAGACUACCUCAGUCAACGACUUGAACUUGGACACCAUCACUUUGACCUUUGGCUCUGAAUAAAAGUAUUCACAUUGUUCAAUUAUUCUUAUUUGGACUUUGGCAUCAUUAUUCUUAUAUGUUCUUAUUAAUAGACGUAAUAUGCUAAGUUACUAUACAUAUAUGCAAUUCUAGUUACUAUAUGGACCGCUAUACCACCGUUACCAUGGUGAUAACCACUAUUUCAAAUCACAAUCCUGACCACGAUUUCAUAAUUUGGCUGUUGUACCAACAUAGUUAAUUUGAAAUAAUGUUUUCAUGUUUGCAUAUCAAUUGGAGGUAAAUAUUAUCUUUGCAAGGUUGCAUAUUCCAACACUCGUGGAUUUUUGACUCCUUAUCGGUAUUGGUUAACAGAUUUUUGACACCGAUGUGCCUUAAAUAAGAAGAAAGGUUCAACCAUGCACCUGCACAAUGUAGAAAUGUUAUUGAGCAUGCUUAUGGUGUAUUGAAAGUAAGAUUUCCAAUCCUGAAGUAGAUGACUCCUUUACCGUUUACAGAACAAAGAAAUGGGGCCAUUCCUUGCAUCGUGAUACAUAAUUCUAUAAGAAAAUGUAAUAUCCAAGAUCAACUAUUUUUAUUUUUUUAAUAGUAGACAACAUGAACAAACUCAAAGCUAAAGCAACAUCAAAGUCGGAGAAAUUGAAAACUGUCCCUGAUUUAUAGUGUCAGUUUAAUUCAUUGUUUUUAUCAUAAUAUGUAUCUUGACACUUAUCUUUAGACAAUUAGGGAUAAACUUUGAAGACUAGAAUAUUUUUUGAGUGGUUGAUUAUCAACCACUAGUAUUUUCUUUUUUUGUUUGAAAUUGUAAUACAAUCAAAAAAAUUUAGAAAUGUGUUCAAACCGUCCAACCCAACCCAUGUGCACCCCUAGCUUAGUCUACACAGAGUCUAAUAGAAAACCAACCAACCAAUCAGCUCCGUAGAUUGGACAUUCAGCAUUACUGAUCCCUUGACCGAGAAAAUCAAUGGGGUGACCCCUUCCAAGAAACCCGUAAAUCUUAAAGUGGACUUCACCUGAGACCAAGAAAAAGGAGGGAGGAGGGGGCCAUGAAGAGUGACAAAGGGGAUCACUCAUCAACAGUCGAUGGAGAUGAUAAAAGUCAAGAAGGGCUAGCUGAGGGACGGAGUAGAUUGGAUGAAGGAAGCAAAGCAAACAAUGAACCCUGCAAAUAAACCCUAAUUCAAAUAACUAUGAAGCGAACAAAAUCAGAAUAAUUAUCUGCAAGUGGAAUCUGAAUGAUCACUC